CCCUCUCACUUGUUCCUCUGGUCGUACGUUUGCGGCUGCAGCUGACUGAUGCUCGGCACUAACAUCCCCCGCCGUACCCAGUACCGGCAGUGUAUUCAGAAUGCUAGCACAGACACCCGAGCGAAGAAGGGGCGCUCAGGUACUGGUACAGGUGCCAGUACCGGCGGUGCAGCCGCACAGUGGUCGUCAGCGCCAUGACAACAGCUGGAAUUGACCCAAAGUCUCAGCUGAAUUUUACUGCCCGAGGCGCCUUCGCUCUAUGAGAUUGGGUGAGUGUUACAUGCUCGGUACCCUGGAGCUGCUCCUCCCUGGUUGGUUUCCCCAGGCUUUCAAAUUAUAUCACGAGUUGCAUCUGCAUCUCGAGCCCAAAGAGGAACUUGCAGCAUCGGCCCUCACUCACAGUCGGCGAGGGGCUGCUGUUUGGGUUGGACGGAAACAUGCAAUCCUCGUCGUAAAUCAGCCAAACAUCGUCACAAAUUAUCGCGGUGGUUUGCUGCAAGAUUCAACGUCUCCACGCCUCCAAUUUCUCACUCACUCGGUCACUUGGCUUCCCACUUCCCUCCCGCCUCUCAUCGUCCGGCUCACACCACUCGUCAUCCCAUCUGCAUCUCCAUCUCCGUCUCCAUCUCCGUCUCCAUCUCCGUCUUCUGCUUCUUCUUCAUCUUUCCCCCCUCAUUUUCCAGACGCACAUCGCACAAGCACAUGAUGGCCGCCUCUCUGCCGCCGUUCCCCCGCCUCGUCUUUACGGUCCUCGAGCCCUUGUCGCUGUAAGCCCAGCCCACUUGCUGCUGUAUGACUAUGUAUCGCUUGCCCAAUCGCGGCAACUUGAGACAGCCCACCACUCGGUUUCUCUGCUUUCCCCAUCUCUCCCUCUCCUCUCCUCCUAA